GACCGGACUUUGAUCCGAACUGACUCCGGUUCUUUACCGUGCAGAAGGAGAGCCGGCGCCCCGGCACGAUCUUCCCUCAAUUUGCAAUGAUCGAGCAAUAUAUCAUUUAUCAUCUUCUUUGGCCUCAGCCCUCGCAUCUCGCUCGUAGCCAUGGUUCUCCUGCAACCAGACCCGUUUCUUAACGAGUUGACGAGCAUGUACGAGCGCAACAGAGAAAAAGGCUCCGUCUGGGUUACCCUCAAGCGAUCAUGCCUAAGGCCUAAGGGGAAGAGGAAGUUGGAAAUUGAUGCUUCAGAAUAUAAAUGCCUUGUAAGGGCAACAGAUGGGCAAAAGACAAUCUCUACAGUGCUCUCUGCCAAGGAUCAUGUACGUUUCCAGGCAUCUUAUGCCACAGUUUUGAAAGCCCACAUGGAUGCAUUGAAGAAGAGGGAGAGGAAGGACAAGAAAAAGGUUGCUGAGGCAGAUAAACAGAAAGCAUCUUCCAAGGCGACUUAGGGUGAAAUUUGCUCUUGCAGAAACAUACCAAAAAUUGAGUGCUAUAACAUAUAAAUUUCAGAAUUUAGUUCUUUCGUGGAAAAUUUCAUCAUUUUUCCUGCCUUUGACAUCCUAAAAUAUUGCCCAGAGAGCUGCUUUAGCAUUGUUUUGCAAUCCAUUUAAUGAUAUGUUUUUUGAAGCAA